GAUAACAGAGAGAGAAAGAGAAAGAGCGCGAUGUCAUUUUCCUGAGACAUUUUUAUUUUGGUGCCAAUUUUUUAGCUUUUCCCUCUUCUUUCAAAAUCCCUCUUCAAUUUUUGAAACUUUUCAUUUUUCCCUCUUUUUUUUUUUUCAUCACUUCAAAACCCUAAUUUAUUAUAACCAACCAAGAAUUUCACUUCACUUCUUGGAAAUCCUAAACUUCUCUUUCUCUCAAUUAUUUCUUCUUCGAAACCCUAACUUUCAAAAUUUCAAUGUCUGAUUCAAAUUCACCACGUGGUGAACAAGAACAAGAACAAGAAGAGAAUCAAAUGAAUUCAUCUUCAAUGAUGAGUUCAAUUUCUGAAACCCUAGAUCCUGCUCAAAUGGGUAUUUCUUUGGCUGAUCUUGAGGAUGACAUUGACGUUGACGUUGAUGUUGUGGGAGUUUCUGAGCCUGAGGAUGCGGGGUUAACCAACGCUGAGAUUUUUUCCGUAAUGUCCACCGGUGAUGUUCCGCAGGUAGAUAUUGGUGAUUUGUCAGAUAUUUGGCCGGGGCCGAUGGAUCUUGCUGUGUAUGCUCCGGUUCCGAUUAAUUCUACUCGGAUUUUGGCUGCGCCGCCCCAAGCUUGGUUACCUCCUGAUGAUGAGAACUGGAUUUAUGAUUUUAAUGAAGAAGCCUUACAGGAUGAAGUUUAUGAUUCUGAUUCUAAAGCUGUGCCAUUGAUGAUUGGAGCUGGGCUUGCCAACCUUGGUAACACAUGCUUUCUCAAUUCAAUUAUGCAAUGCUUCACGCAUACCGUGCCCCUAGUUGAGGGUCUUCUUUUGAGCUGCCAUUCUCCUAAUGAUGGUCAUAAUGGGUUCUGUGUUAUCUGUGCUUUCCGCUAUCAGAUGAAACAGUCCUUGGAGUCUACUGGAAGAGUCAUCUCCCCUGUGGUAUUUGUGGAUAAUUUGAAGCAAUUUUCUUCUGACUUUAGAAGACAUCAGCAAGAGGAUGCACAUGAGUUUAUGCAGUGUGCAUUGGAUAAACUUGAGACAUGUUUUUCAAAUUUUGAGGAGGAUAAUAUUGCGAAGAAAGUCUUUGGAGGCAGUCUGGUUAGCAAGCUUCGGUGUUGUAACUGUAGCCGCUCUUCCAUCACUAAUGAGCCGUUGAUUGACCUGAGUCUAGAAAUAGAAAAUGUAGAUUCUAUUUCAAGUGCAUUGGAGUCUUUCACAAUGGUGGAAAACAUUGAUGCUAAGCUUAAAUGUGAGGGCUGCAAUGAAGAAGUGUCUGUGGAGAAACAGCUUAUGUUGGAUCAGACACCUUCAAUUGCUGCAUUCCAUUUAAAGAGGUUUAAGACAGUUGGGAAUAAUGCAGUUGAAAAGAUUGACAAGCAUAUCAAUUUUCCAUUGGAGUUGGAUUUGCAACCUUACACCAUUUUGAAUGAAAGCGAUAAUGCAUCAUUGAAAUAUGAUCUAUAUGCAGUUGUUGUGCAUAAUGGAACUUCAUCUGACUCUGGGCAUUAUUUCUGCUUUGUUCGCACUGCUCCAGACACAUGGCAUAAGUUGGAUGAUUCAAUGGUAACUAAGGUAUCUGAAGGGACUGUGCUGUCUCAGGAAGCAUACAUAUUGUUUUAUGCCCGACAAGGCACACCUUGGUUUUCAAGUUUUGCAGAAUCUACAAUUCCAUGCUUGAAUCUGAGUAGGAUGAACACGUCUCCCAAGUCUGUUUUAGACAUCACUGAUGGCCAAGAUAAAUCAUUUUCUAUUUCAAAUGAAAAUAUUGAAAGGAGUGGGGUCGGUAAAUCCAAAAAAAAUUCUGAGAAGUCUGAUUAUUCUUGUCAACAAAGUCGCAAGUUUCCUGAAAAUGACGAUGUUAUUGAUGCUUCUCCUUGCCGCAAACAAUUUCCUGCUGGGCCAUCAAAUCAGAAAACUCUUCAUUUGAAUGGAUCGGAAGAUAUCAGCGCCCAAGUGCUACCUGUGAAUUAUGCCAGCCCGACUGGCAUUGCAAAGCCUGGUGGGAGUUCAUAUGCUGAGAAUGUUGCUCCUGAUAAAAGCAAAUGCAGUCUGGAAGCUAAUGAUUUUAUAGAGAAUGAUGUUUUCAAUGCCUUAACUCCUCCCAACUCUCCCCCUUCUCAGACUCCAGGUAAGAGUUUCCAGAUCUCACGCGAUCAUUUGAAGAAAGAGAAGCAAGGAAUUAGUGGUAAAAGAUCAUCAUCAGGCAAGUCUUCGGAUAAUCCUCAAAAUAAAGCUGCCAGGGCAUAUGUUAGGAAUAUGCCUGGUUCAAGGAGAGGUGCAUUUUUGGACUUACUUGGCGAUUCUCCAGAAAACAAGAGAAAAAAGACUGGUUCAUCGCAUUCUGACAAAGACAGCAGCAGUGCUCGCAAGAAAUCAGGCCAUGCUUCUGUCGGAAGCUACCCUGUGGCAGCCGGAGUUUCACAGUGAAUAUAGUCUUUGACUUUAGGCAUUUGGCUGUGUACUUGGUUUUUUGGGGUGAAAAUACCUUUAUCUGUGGUCUUUUUGUUAAAACCAAUACCUCCAGCCAAAUUGUAUAGUCAUGACAUGGCACACCCUGUUCCAUUAUGCAUGAGAAGAACAGAUACAAAUAGAAAUCGUGGUCAAGGAUGUUGUACUAUAAUAUUUUAAAUAAUAGCAUUUUUUUUGGACAAUAAUAUUUUAAAUGAUAGCAUUGGUGAUGAUAAAUAUUACUAGUGAUUUAAGGCAUAUCCCCAUCUUCCCAAUAUUUGUUGUUUGUUUAAUACAUGAGUAGAUUACGAUGUCAAACUGUUUGCACCGAUGAGUAGAUCCCCUUCGGUUGA